AUGAUGCUGCAGCUAUCACUGAGCAUUCAGCUGAGAGCUUGUUCACGCAGGAUGUUGAUUGUGGGCUAAGAAUCCGGCCGCAGGUCUGAAAUGGAAUACAGGUUGAGAAAAGUGAAAGGAGGGAACAUCGAUGUCCAUCCAACAGAGAAGGCUCUGGUGGUACACUAUGAGGUGGAAGCUACAAUUUUGGGUGAGAUGGGUGAUGCCAUGCUGGGAGAGCGAAAGGAGUGUCAGAAAAUUAUUCGCCUGAAGAGCCUGAAUUCUAACACAGACAUUGGGUCUCUGGCACGGAAGGUGGUUGAGGAAUGCAAACUCAUCCAUCCGAGUAAACUUGCCGAGGUGGAGCAGCUUCUUUAUUAUCUUCAGAAUCGCAGGGAGAGUCCUCCAGGAAGAGUGGGGAGAAGGACUGAAUGGAACAUUAAGAAGGAACUUGGAGAAAAGAAAGAAAAGAAGUCAAGCAAACCCAAGGACCCACCUCCAUUUGAAGGAAUGGAAAUUGAUGAGAUAGCAAAUAUCAAUGAUAUCGAUGACUACAUAGAACUGUUGUAUGAGGAUAUUCCUGACAAAGUGCGAGGUUCAGCACUCAUUCUGCAGCUGGCACGCAAUCCUGACAAUUUGGAAGAAUUGUUACAAAAUGAGACUGCACUGGGAGCUUUGGCCAGAGUGUUGAGGGAAGAUUGGAAACAAAGUGCGGAGCUUGCUACAAACAUUAUAUACAUAUUUUUCUGCUUCUCAAGUUUUACUCAGUUUCAUGGAUUAAUUACUCACUACAAAAUUGGUGCGCUGUGUAUGAACAUUAUUGACCAUGAGCUGAAGAGACAUGAACUAUGGCAAGAUGAACUGCAGAAGAAGAAGAAAGCCGCUGACGAUGAGGCUGAAAACCAAAUGCUGAAGAAAGAGUAUGAGAAGACGUGCAAGAAAUACCAAGGUUUAGUCAUCAAACAGGAGCAACUGUUGAGAGUGGCGUUCUAUCUGCUAUUGAAUCUGGCUGAAGACACAAGGACUGAACUGAAAAUGAGGAACAAGAACAUUGUCCACAUGCUCGUGAAGUCCUUGGACCGAGAGAACUCUGAGCUGCUGAUCUUGGUGGUGUCAUUCCUGAAGAAACUCAGUGUCUUUGUGGAAAAUAAAAAUGACAUGGUGGAGCUGAACAUCAUUGACAAGUUGGCCAAGUUGGUGCCUUGCGAACAUGAAGACCUUUUGAACAUUGCCCUUCGCUUACUGCUGAACCUGUCAUUUGACACCGGCCUUAGGAACAAGAUGGUACAAGUGGGGCUGCUGCCCAAACUGACAGCUUUAUUAGGAAUUGAAAACCACAGGCAGAUAAUCAUGUGUAUUCUGUAUCACAUCACCAUGGAUGACCGCUUCAAAUCCAUGUUUGCAUACACUGACUGCAUCCCACAGCUAAUGAAGAUGUUGUUUGAAUGUUCAGAAGAGCACAUCGAUAUGGAAUUAAUAUCCUUCAGUAUCAACUUGGCUUCCAACAAGAGAAACGCACAACUGAUCUGCAAAGGAAAUGGGCUGAGAAUGCUAAUGAAAAGAGCCUUCAAAUUCAAAGAUUCACUACUGAUGAAAAUGAUCAGGAACAUUUCUCAGCACGAAGGUCAAACCAAAAAUUUAUUCAUUGACUAUGUUGGGGACCUGGCAGCGCAGAUCACUAAAGAUGAAAAUGAAGAGUUUGUUAUUGAGUGUCUUGGAACACUUGCUAAUCUUACAAUCACAGAUCUGGAUUGGGAGCUUGUACUGAAGGAGUAUAAUUUGGUUCCCUACUUCAAAGACAAGUUAAAACCAGCUUUUAUACCUGAUCAAUCAGGUGUGACAGAAGAUGACCUAGUCCUGGAAGUGGUGAUAAUGAUUGGCACCGUGUCAAUGGACGAUUCAUGUGCUGCAAUGUUAGCCAAAUCAGGAAUUAUCCCGGCUCUCAUUGAACUUCUAAAUGCUAAACAAGAGGAUGACGAGUUUGUUUGCCAGAUUGUGUACGUCUUCUACCAGAUGGUUUUCCACCAAGCUACCAGAGAUGUGAUUAUAAAGGAAACCCAGGCUCCAGCCUACUUGAUUGACCUGAUGCAUGACAAGAAUGCAGAGAUACGGAAAGUCUGUGACAAUACAUUGGACAUCAUUGCAGAAUAUGAUGAAGAAUGGGCCAAAAAAAUUCAAAGCGAGAAGUUUCGUUGGCACAACUCUCAGUGGCUGGAAAUGGUUGAGAACCGCCAGAUGGAUGAAAGCGAGCCCUAUAUAUACGGUGAUGAUGGGAUCGAGACAUUCAUCCAUGAAGGAGACAUUCUUGAACGGCCCGACCUGUUUUAUAAUGCAGAUGGGCUGUUACCCCCUGAUGGAGCAGUUAGUCCAGAUUUCUUUAAUGACUUCCAUUUGCAAAACGGUGACCUUGUUGGACAGCAUCCCUUUAGCAGUCUGACUGCUGAAGGGUAUGGCCAGCCAGUUGGCAUCCCUGGACGCCCAGCUACAGCUUACGGCUACCGCCCAGAUGAUCCUUAUUUCUAUGCAUUCGGAGGCAGAUAAACGCAACAAGGAAUAUUUAUUAUCACUUUUAUAACACUCCUUGUAUAUAAUUUGAUCUGUUGUGGGAUCCUUGUCAUUAUUGCAUGCCAUGUUAACUAGUUUCAGGUUCAGGUUAUUUGAUUUUGUAUACUAUAUUUAUGCAGCAGAACGAUGUCUUGACUUCAGUAAAUAAUAUGAACUGGAUUUUAUUUUAAUGUAUGUGGUCUUUUUUCCUAUUGGACAACUGGUUGACUAUUAGGAAUUUCAAUGGAGGGUAUUGGUGUAAAAGCACUAAUUUUACAAAGGUGGACCUAAACACUGGUCUUAUAAAGGUGGACACUAAUACAAUAGCUAUUUAAUCUGCUAACUAAAUUAUGGGAUUGGAUUUUUGUUAACUUCAUGAAAUGCUUAAUAUCUGAGCAUUUUAUAUUGUCUAUCUUUCAAUUUGCUUACUGUGAUGAACACAGUAUUCAAGUAAAUUUAAUUCAUUCAUUCACUCAAAUAAAUUCACAAGAUAUAGCAACACAUCCUAUCUCUAAACCACUUGAAUUUUCCUGUUUGUUGGCAUCUUGUUAUUCCUGGUCUCUUCUGUGUUUCAGAUUGUUAAUAUGUUUCUGUGAUAAGUAACUGUGAACUUUAUUAGCUUUGAUGCUGGUUCUAUAUUAUUAAAUGCACUGUAAAUUUCUUUUGCAUUUUAUGAACAUGCUUAAUGUAAAUAUGAAAACUUCAAAUAAACACGCUGUGUUCACUUGUGCUGUUA